AUGAAAAUUACUGUAUCGUUGAAAGGUUUUCUGUUAAUUGUAUCAAUAAUUUUAACUAUAUUUGUCUCACCAACAUCAUGUCUAAGUUGUCCACCUGGCCCAACAGCAGUUGGUAUGUGUGGAUGUUGUAAUCGCGAUGCGAAAAAAAAUGAAACUUGCCAUACAGGCGAUGCUAAUUUUAUGGUAAUGAAUCCUGGAUUUGGUAUUUGUGUACCACAAGCAGAUCUUAGUUUCCUUCCAUCAUAUUAUUUGUGUGAACGUCGACAAAAUUAUGACGAACUCAAGACAACUGCAAACCUUCUGAGUCCGCUCAAACGUAUACAAAUAAAAGCUGGUGGCUCAGCUGAAAAAUUAAAAUUAUCACAAGUAUAUGAUGAUGUUGUUGGAUUGAUUGUCAAAUGUGUCCCUGUAGCUGGUGAUUCUAAACCGUCAGCUAAUACUAAUUUCCAUUUGAUGCAAUCCAACAAUACUACAAUAGCUACUUUUAAUGGUAUAUUUAAAACACCAAUGAAAACUGUGAGUUGGACGACGUCAAAACCAAUUCAAGUAAAUCAGAUUAAUAUCGAUACAUUGUCGAACAGUAUUACUUGUACAAAUAUACAAUUACAAUAUCUUACCGCUGCUCAACCGAAACUGAAACCACCGGCUUUCAAAAAUCCAAAACUUCAAAAGUCUUCAAAAGAUUCCAAAAAACUUCAAAAAGCUUCUAAGACUUUAUAA